CACCGAGAGUCAUAAGAGAGACAGAAUGGUAGGACCGCAACGACCACUUUUCGUGCUGUUUGGGUCUUCCAUCGUUCAGUUGAGCUACAGUGAUGAUGGCUGGGGCGCUACGCUUGCUGACAUCUAUUCUCGUAAAGCAGACAUAUUGUUGCGAGGAUAUAGUGGUUGGAAUUCGAGGCGUGCUCUCCAAGUUGUCAAUCAAGUGUUUCCAAAGGAUGCUUCUGUACAGCCUUCAUUGGUGAUAGUUUACUUUGGGGGAAAUGAUUCAGUGGGCCCUCACUCAUCUGGCUUGGGACCGCAUGUACCACUUCCAGAAUAUAUUGAAAACAUGAGAAAGAUUGCAAUUCAUCUUAAGAGCCUCUCAGAGAAAACACGCAUUAUUUUUCUUAGUUGUCCUCCUGUCAAUGAGGAGAUGAUCCAUGAAAGCAAUUCAAGGUAUGGUGGUAUAUUUUGCCAUCUAGAUCGGACUAAUGAAGCCUGCCAAAGAUACUCAGAAGCUUGUUUAGAGCUUUGUAGGGAGAUUGAUGUGAAGGCUAUUGAUCUAUGGUCUGCAAUUCAAAAAAGGGAUGAUUGGAUGACUACUUCCUUUACAGAUGGUAUUCAUCUUUCUUCUGAAGGAAGCAAAAUAGUGGUGGAAGAGAUAUUAAAGGUCCUCAAGGAAGCCGAAUGGGAACCAUGUUUACACUGGAAGUCUUUGCCAACUGAAUUUUCUGAGGAUUCCCCAUGUGAUCCCGUUGCAUCCGAUGGCAAGAAUACUAUAAACCUCUCAGAACUGACUUUUCAUACGAAGAUUCAAUGGGAUUAAAUCCAGGAAAGAUAUUUGCUUUUGUCUACAGGAUGGUGGUGAUUGUGCAGAGUGAAAACGGAAGAAAGGAAAAAAAAAGUUGUAAUGUUCUGUUCUACCAUUUAAGGCAUACAUCAAGAGGAAGUGUACCUUGGAUUAGGGGAUUACAUUUAAAAUUUA